AUGGCAAGAGCAAAUUCCGAAUUGGUACAAUAUUAUAUUUCUACGUUGAGUAGGGAUCGCAUAUUUCCUCCCUUCUUUAACGAUCCAGAAACACUCGUUCCUGAUGUUGCUGGAAAUCGCAGGCCACCAAGGCCUUUGAAUGCUUUUCUUCUUUUACGAAAAAACGUAGCAGAAGAAGCUCGUCGCUGUAUUGACCACCCAAAUAUGCGUGUAAUCAGCAAAGUAAGCUCAAUUUUGUGGGCAAAUUCAACCCAAGAAGAAAAGGACGUUUAUCAGUGUUUGGCGAAAGACGUCAGCCGAUUACAUGCUAUCAGAUUUCCAGAUUUUACCUAUACCGUACCAAGAAGACAACUAUCCUUCAGACCAUAUUGUGGACCUCCUUCGUUGCCAGAAAGUGAUUGCACGCCAGGACCGUCAUCUAUGACAACAUUUAUGCCUCAGGUCGAACAUACGCGUAAUCUGAUGACUCCCCCUCCCUCACCACCAUUAUAUACACAUGUACUAUCAGGAGAAUUGCCCACCGAUUACGUUUCAGUAAAUGAUUUUCAACCAGAGAUUUACGCAUUUAUUGAUAUGGACAGCGAACUGUAUCCGUAUGUCGCGAAUCCAUAUACCAUUACUCAAAUGUUUUGA